GCAUUGUCCACUUAUAAUUUCCACAGGUUUUCAUUAUUAGUUAGCAAUGGCUCCAAAAGCAGAAGUUCAGCUUCAGCCCCUCACAGACCCUAAAGUGGAUGAUAGAGGAGUGAAUGCCAUUCUGUUGGGGCCCCCUGGAGCUGGCAAGGGAACACAAGCACCUCUUCUGAAGGAGCGUUAUGGAGUGUGCCACCUGAGCACUGGUGACAUGCUAAGAGCAGAGAUAAGCUCUGAAUCAGAGCUUGGGAACACCUUGAAAAAGAUCAUCAAUACAGGAGCGCUUGUGAGUGAUGACCUGGUGGUUUCUUUGGUGAGGCGUAACUUGGAUCUACCUGAAUGUGCAAGAGGUUUUCUUCUGGAUGGCUUCCCACGCACCAUUCCUCAGGCGGAGAAGUUAGAUGAGAUGUUGGCCAACCGCAAACAGAAACUGGACGCGGUCAUCGAGUUCAGCAUUGAUGACAGUUUGCUUAUCCGUCGCAUAACAGGACGGCUCUUCCAUCUUGCUUCUGGCCGCUCCUACCAUGAGGAAUUCUACCCCCCUAAGAAGCCCAUGAUUGAUGAUGUAACUGGAGAGCAGCUGGUACGCCGCAGUGACGACACUCCAGAGUCUCUUAGACUCCGUCUUGAUGCUUAUCAUCGGCAGACAGAGCCACUUGCUGCUUACUAUGCUCGCAAAGGUCUUCACCAGAAAGUGGACGCUUCUAAGCCUGCAGAAGAUGUGUUCUCCGCCAUAGACCUUAUAUUUGCCAACGCUAAGAGUAAGGAUGUAGUCAUGUUUCUCUGAACACCGCUCCAGCAGAGUUCCAAGACAGCCUAGGCAAAUGAAUGAGAGAAGCUGGAGUGCUCCCGCCACGGACAUCUACUGCAGCUCAUGUCGCGACUGCACACUCUGUGGACCUCGUCUUAUUUACACCAGUUCUGCUAUGUAAUAUUGAUUUAAACUUCAUUUCUUUUCGAAAUGUUUUCCUCUAAUGGAUCCUGAUUAAUUCGUAGUUCUGUCGAAGUUUACAUUGAGAAAUCUGAAGGAUCAAACUUAGCCAAUACGUUUAGAAUAUCUUCGCCGGCGCGUGUUACUUUCUUUCUUGUGACUACCAGCGGUCUCUACCGUCAAUUCUUUAUUUUUAGAAAUUUCGCGGUGCUUCUGAGAUUUUUCGUAGCGCCCUUUAUCAAUGUUAUCUACGAUUUUAGUUGAAACAUGGUGAAAAGUUUGUUAGUACAUUUUUAUAAAUAGUUUGUCUUGAAAUUUCGAUCCAACAGUAACGCCAAUGAAUUUUUAAAGGUUCUUGGCGUUUCUGUUCAAUGCUAUUGGUUACAUACUUAAGGUAUUUUGUAACAUUGUGGAUAACUGCUUUAUACAGCUUAGAAGUGACUGGUGUACAAGUUAUGCAAGCUAGCCAUGAAAGUGUUUCCCCUUGAUUUUUUCAUUUUUAUUUGUGUUUAUUUAGCUUUAGCUUACUGUUUCCGAGUAAUUGAAGUUGGUGAGUCGUACCGGAUUGAAAUGUCAAAGAAGUUUUCUUUGGAGAAAUCAGAAGCAUUUUUAUUAUUUUCGCGCAUUCUGUAUACAGUACAUGACUAGAAGUGGUUGCUAUGGACGUGACGGUAUAUUUUAGUUUAUAUAAAUGAAGAUUGUAUGUAUUGAUUGAAAUAAUUACUACUUGCAAUUUGGAGUGGAUCACAUUGAAUAUCAGUCUGGGUGACAACCAGACGCUUGAAUGUAAUAAAGAUAUCCAAUAUUUGAAGGUUAUGGCAAAUUGACCGUUCUCUCGAAUAAUCAUGAUAUUCAACCCGCUAAAUUUCCUGCUUCAAUGUCAUAAUUUGUUUUAAAAACGAUUUCACCAACAAACCUGGCCUCCAAAAAUGCGACAUUCAUAAUAUUUUUCUUGUUAGGUGUACAAAGAACAACAUCCUACUCUAUCACUUUUAAUUUUCUUGCAGUUUUUUAAAGGAUCUUCGAACGCCACAAGCUAUUAUUGCCCUACACGCUUAGUGUUGGAGGAGUUUAUGAAAAGAUUAGAAGUAAUAAUAUUAGAAAAUUGUUCUGACAAUAUUUCAUAAACAAGCAAAUCAUAUUCGAGAUCGGUAAAGGAGUUCAUUGAUUGUGAUUAAAUAUUUUCGAGUCCAACGGCCUUAGGCAGUCGUAGUUACCUUCCUCUUGAUUCGCCGCAAUAUUCUGCUCUCCUGCAUGUGGAGAAGAGAGAGAAUAAUCCUUUGAAGAAGCUGGUUAGUGUUUCUCUAAUUUAAACCGUUCUGGAUGGUGACAGAAGAAUAUGCACUGAAAAUACUUACCAAUUCAUUCAGCAUUCAAAGAACAAACUACUCCUGCUAGGUAUCACUCAUACGCCGUUAAUUAAUUAAUAUCAAAUAAUCCACUUUUUCAGUUACUAUUUUGUCUAAAUACAUUCUUGUACAUUCGUCUCCCAGUCAUUUAUGCUGUUGAUGCUUAUAAAGUGUGAAAUUUAAAAUAUUUUUGCUACUGUUGUAUCAGUUAAGAAUUUGUGGUUUGAUGUAAGGUGAGCGCCGCUGAAAAUUGUUCAGCUAUCUAUUGCGAAUCUCAAGCUGCAUUUGCCUCCUAUAAUUUGAGAUUAAUUCAUUAUACUUUGGUGAUACAUACAGAGGUCAGUGACGCUGGAGCCAAAUCUUCUGAGAACUUGAAGUAUAAACAGUGACUUACAUGCGUUUGUGCUGUGAAUCGGGGAGGCUAAUUCCGGUUUUACUUUCACGUCAGUUGGCUUCAGAGAAAAUAGCUCUUUAAACAAAUUUAAAGUUUUUCUGAAAUCUCAUUAAAUUGAUUCACUCGCUGUUAGACUGAACCUAUAAGAUGUUCCUACAAACCUCAUAUAUUAUCGUCUUGGUGGAUAUCACAUAGGAAAUGUUCGUUACUUAAAUCUGGAUGAAUCUGAAGGGACGUACUAUCAAAACUCGCUUUAGCCUGAGAAGUCGCCAAUGAAUGGCAGACAGAGCUACGAAGUCAUUUAUUUUUGAUAGUGCAGCCCCUUGGCAGCUAAAAGUUCAGCAAUAAAUAGCUACAAUUCUCGGCGCCUCAGACCAGCGCAGUCACUGCCCUACAGUUAAGGUCGGGCGCGCCUAUAUUGCUUCCCACCAGGUAUCUGACGUUGAAAUAACGUUGAUUAAACGUUGUUUCCAAGAAAUUAAUUCUUAAUCAACGUUGCUUUAACGUUAUGCCUGGAGGGUUAUGCUCGUAAAAAUGACCUCCUACCACUCCUCUUCUUAAUUAUCGGAGUCCUCUUAUAACAGUUAACUCGAUUGUUACUUCUUUUCAGUUGGGAACAUGAUGUUUUCGAACUAAUCCGCCAGCGCCUAAAUUUUAAUAAUUGCCAUCUCUUUUUUCAGUUGAAUUUCUCUUGUUACAUGACCUUUUUAUCAUGUUUCGUCUUGGCGCUAGUAUUUUUCCUAAAGACAUAGAUUUACCAGCGGGUAGCGUGGUGUUUUUUCGAGAGUAAUGCUACUUUGACGUUAGAUUUAUUUGGUUCAGAUGAGUGUUGGUCCGUUGGUUAUAUGAAUAUAGCAUAAAGAUGAAAUGACGAUUUCAAUGAAUACUUGUAUAACUGAUCUGAUACACUUGCUUUGUUAGUAGAACGUUUGACUCUAGUGUGUUGACCUGUCAAAAGACAUCAGGAGCUAUAAAAUAAUGGUUUUUGAACGACUUGAGAUGAGCAUGUGUAUUUGCAUGUGCUCGUAUGUUUCAUUAUCGUGUAUUUCAUGCAUAGACCAUAAUUCUAAAAGUUCAAGUACACAUAUGUGCGUCAUUAUCAUGUAUUUCAUGUAUAGAACCCUGUUCUAAAAGUGAAGCUAUUGAGUAAAUCAACGUGAAAUGUUCCAUUGUAUGCCAUCGACGUACGGUUUAGUAAUGUGAGAUUAAAUAAUUAGUGAUGUGCAAUGACAUUAUCACGAUUGUUAUGCAUUUAUUUAUCAGUUUCACACGAACUGUUCAUUCUAAUAUUCGUAUCAAUGAUAAAACUACUAGAACUAGUCAUCAUGCACUGCGCGCAAGUAUUGCAAUCACAGUUUAUUUCUUGUUCGCUCAUUGUCGUAAAUAUUAUUCCUGUAUAAUGGCCUGGUAACGACAGUUAUCGUUUGCAACCGGAGAGUUAAGACCGCACGCUUAUCCUAGCUAAGAGUGCAGCACGUGUUCAAAUUUUCGUUUUCGAAAAAAUAGUGCAUCACGUCUUCUUUUUUACGAAGAUUUAUUUCGUUUCUUAUUUAUAAAUCGGGCUUUACUUAAUUGCUGUGGAUCUUGCCAUUUUCUUACAUGACGUUGCAGCGGGGCCGCCAUCAGCCUUAGAACGUGCUUCGGAAUUGAGCAGUUCUAAGCAAUUUAUUCAAGCAGGUUUGGCGGCCGGGAAUGUUUUCGAGUGAACGGCGUAAAAUCUUUGAUUGGUUCAUUUGGGCUCACUUGAUGAUUUCACUGUAAAAAGGCUGUCUCGUGUGUAUUUGAAUCGUUCUCAGUGUAGGUUUUCAUUCGUUAUUGUGUUUAGAAUUUGAUUACUUUUAAAUCACUUUGGGAUUUUUGUGCUUCUAAAGAAUCCAAUGGCAAGCCGUCGUGUUGGCUAUGAAUUUCAAUUUUUUCCAUAGGAUUUCUUAGAGUAUUUAUUUCGAAAGCUAUGCUAAUUAACUCUAGCUUCGCAACUUUCCAUUUAAUUUAGAAACAUAAGCAAACCUAAUAUCGACACAGGUAAAAUUUGAAGUGUGCGUUGUGUGUUUGAUCAAAUUUAAUAUCGUAGUCUGUACUUUAGUAUAGACUUAUUGUACAAAAAUUUGUAAAUGGAGUCCGAAAUGUGGUGAAGCGAUAAAAGUUAUUUCUUUAAAUUUCUGGAACUCAUUAAACUUCUAUAGUAUCUAGUGUCCUUUUUGUGUCUGUGUCUGUUAGGCUUGCGUGGUCGUCGCCAUAGAAUUUGACGAUAUUUCUAAGCAAAGUUCUGAAUAUGAAAUUCAUGCUGACUAGUUAUAUUAUAGAACAUUAUUUUACAUGCUGAUAUGCUAGUUUAUGUAGAUUUCUACGCUCAUGACACCUGCUACUUGGAAGUACUUUAAUAAAAGACUAUUAGUGGAUUUAAUUAUUUAAUUAGUGAGAAACGAGAGAGUAGCCUCGGUAUCUUAUUUUCUAUCACUUAGAGAAUAUUUAAAUUUCAGAGUAGUGACUGAUAACAGUUCUAACACGUUUAUUUAAUUAUUACGUAGUGAUUUACAUUAAUCAAUCAACAUUAAAUAUCGAUUUUGUGUCCUUUGAUUCAGUUCAACUGAAGUCGGAGCCAAUUUUCGGUUGUGCUCAUAUCUGUCUACGUGAACUUCAGAUUGAUAUCCUAUUAUUCAGUGUAAUUUUGUUUAGGAUUUGAGGAAUUGUCAGCUUUGCUGUUUAUUUUUGAGCGACAAAUAAAAGGAAUUCUUGUUUGGU